GUCGCCGCCAUUGGUAGUCGCGCGAGAACAGGACGGAGUCCCGUGCACACGCAGGAAUCGCCGUUGAACGUCGUCAUCGUCGUUGACCGUCGCUCGUCACUAUCGGUAGAAACGCUCGCUGGCAGCUCGUGCGAAGGACCGAGGGGUGUCACGCGGAUGAUAAAUUGAAAAUCAGCUCGCGAAUAUGGCAUCGCAAGGAUGGAUGCUAUCGCUGCUCGUGCUGGGCACCGGCGCGUUCGCAUUGGUCCCCGUCGCCCGGCAAUCUAACCAGGAGUCCCUGAAGAGCGCAUUGGACGCCGUCGUGCGGAAGCAGAGGUCCCUGGACGCGGUGGACUACAACGACCUCCACUCGUUCAAGUACCACGGCGGCGACGCUGACCGCAAGUUCGAUCGGGACCUCGACGAGGAGGACGAGGAGAUCGAGUUCUUACCAGGCGAUAAUGGCCAAUUGGAAACGGUGGGAGACGGUUUCCAAGGACUGCAUGACAAGUUGCUCGAAAGGGCGCUGCUCGAUUAUCUGGAGAACAUGCCUGAACAGGAAGAGCCUGUGGCUUCGAUCUUCCGUGAACGCGAACGAAGUUCUAGUCGCAAACGAGGUGGCACCGGCGAUCGGAUGAACAUCGACAACAAGGACCUGGCGAAAUUGAUUGGGCUCUUGGGCGAGCCGCUGGACGGUUCCCCGUAUGGUCCGAACGAGAUGGAGGACGGCGACGAUUAUUUAACCGCUUUACAAACGCUUUACGACAGAUACAGAGCUGGUAGAGGGAACAAAGUAUAUGAAACUGCAGGACCAAUGUCUUGGGGCGAAAUGCUUAACAAGGGCUCGUCGAAGGGUCAGACAAGAGACGGCGGCGACAACGAAUUCGUGGGACACGAUCAGGAUCAGAGCAUCCUGUACCUCACACCGGCUGAGCGCAGGAACGUGAACGGCAGAUACCCGAUCGGCCGCGAAUUCGGCAACUAUCGCAAGUUUUCCAAACGUUAUCCGGUCGCUAAGAGAAGCCCCAGACCCACCCAGACCAAGCUGAAGACCACCGACCCCAAGGUUGCUCAAGAUCUGGGAGCUUUAUUCGGCACGCAAUCUACGGAUGCUCAUAAUCGCACUUACAAGUCUGAACACGAUCAUGAUCACGAUCACGACCACGCGCAUGAACACGAUCACGAUCAUAGUCACGAUCACAAUCACGAUCAUACACACGAUCAUGAUCAGGAUCACGAGCAUGAUCAGGAUCAUGUUCACGAUCACGGUCACGACGAAAAGGCGUCAGACACAUCCCUGAAUACGACGUCGUCGCCGAAGAGUCAGAAGGAGAACGCAACAAAGACGGCCAAAUCGAAAUUCGUCCAGGUGAGGAAGAAGAGCGUUGACUGGUCGCAGUACUUUGGCAUCGACCGAAGAAAGAAGAAGGCUACCUUCAUGGCCGGUCAAGGAACGCAAAAUCAGGACGACGAGUGGAUACUGCAACGUUAUUACGAGAAUAUGGCCGGGAACUUGAAGGAGGACGAGAACGAACGGAAGGACAAGCUCGAGCAGAUGGAUUCAAAGUUGAAGUACAUCAAGGACUUGAUGGAAGCUUUGAGAUACACCAAUUUGGAGGACGAAGCGGAACUACAGAAGGUAAAGGAUAAAUUAAUGGCGAGGAUGGCAGCGGCUUACUCGCUGCAGAAGAUGCGCAAGGCGCUGAGCGAUCUCAAAAACAACGUCGCGGCUCAAAAGGAAGCACAGAGGACGCAGAAAGAGGUUCAGAAUAAUUUGACGUCGAGUUCUCGUGACAAUGGUCACGGAAAUGGCAACAGCGGAAGUGGUGACAGAAUUGACGAGAAACGCAGCGGUGUCAACAACAACAAUAUAGACAACAACGUAGACAACAACAUAGAUAGCGAGGCCGUCGAGGAGGCCAGAAGCUGCCCCGAAUUGAAAGCGAUCGAGUGGCGAUGCAGAACUGUGGACAGACUAACAUAUACGUCUCGGUUAUUUGCACCUUGCGUGAAGCUGCAGAUUUGUAAAGCAUGCGCGCAGGACGAGGAGGCAUUGCUACCCUGUCUCGGUAACUACGCCGCAGAGGCCGGCAUGGUGUGCGACGCGUUGGACUCCAGGGAAGGGCAGAUCGGUGGCUCGUCCAGACUCGGAGCGAGCUACAGCCGCCACGAGGAGAGCCAGACGUGUGCGAACGCCGCGUUGCUGUUGUCACAACUGCAACCGCCGGCCGCGGCAGCCAUGCAAUGCCGCAAUGCGCGUGAGUCGUGCCUACGACGUUAUCGUUAUCGAUACGAGCGCUACUACCUCCGCUCGCCGGAAUUGCAGACCAUCUCAAACCAUUAAGGACGAGGAACGACUGGCAUCCUUCGGCAGCCUUCGCGUAAUAUCGCGAGAAACCUUCCGUCGUGACAAGGCGUCGAUCGAGAUCACCGCGUUCCCGGUAUGUUAACUCCUCAGCGACCACCACGGCAGUCGCAUUAGGCUCUUAGUUGGGGUUCGACCUCAUUGCGAGGAGAGAAAUCCACGAGUAAGCGAUUACAAAGUCGUGCCGCUUUAUUCGAGAGUGCGAAAGGCUUUAUUUUUGGAUAUUUCAUUAUCGACUGCAGCUUCUCUCGUUUCGUGCCGCGACAACUCAAGGGACCUGCCUCGUGGCGCUCGCCGAGGGGUUAACGGGCUGGUCGCACGCGGACGGUGCUCUCGAACCGAGGCACACCGACUAGUCACUUGGGAACAACACAACACGACUAACGAUGAGCGUGGAGCUCGCUUGUGCGUCCGUUUGCUCUCGAUUCGAGAUCACACGUCCGGUUCCGAAGGUGGUGACGAAAGUAGUGCGAUAGUAACACACGAUCCGACGCAUGAGACAGCUCCUUUCACACGCGACGCUGCUUUCAUGGAUUCACAUAUCGAUUCUUCGUCGACGAAGAGAGUCGACGAACUCGAGAGUCCUGAAUUUAGAAGAGAUGCGCGGUUAGCUAGUCAAAUGUUGAGACGGGAUGCGUUUUAUUACCGAUUUGCGCCGCUCGUCUAAACGACUACCCCGGUACAGUCUUCUCCGCGACUGAGCAACGAUUUAACGUACUAUAGAGACAAUAAUGAAUAACCCGUAACUGAUGCCCACGACUAUUCGCGUGUUUGCCGCCGAAAGAUCGCGGAAACUCGUUGACCGAGAGAUUCGGUAGAGCUUGGACGAGCGCUCCGUAAAUGAAACCGUACGAUAUGACUGUGUAAAUCGUUGUUAAGUAUCUAAAAAUGUCGGAAAGAGAGAAAGAGAGAAAGCGAAUCUUCCACGCCGCGAAUAAUUCGUUUCUCGAUACAAAUACAUUCUCUAGCGCGUUAAUUCUCCACGCUUCCGCGUGACUUCCGCGUGUGACGAUUAUUUGCGGUUUCGUGUCGGUAAAUUGUGUGCGAAACGCAUCGCGACCGCGCUCUUUCCCGCCGAGAACGCGACGCGGUGACUGUCGGAGAAAGCAAAAAGCAAAAUAGAAGAGAGAGAGAAAAAGAGAGAAAACCCACAUAGCAUAGAAAUGUUACAGCAACUUAAGAGAUUAAACUUCAGAAGUUAAGUUAAAAUAUUAAAAAAACUUAAGGAAUUUUCAAUUAUGUUGCUAAAGAUGGUAGCGAUCGUCGUGAUCUUAAAAUGUUACUUUCCGGGACUUUGAAUGAACCUUAAAUCCGCACGUUAAUUCUUGGUUAAUUCAAGAUUGUCUUGUGGUUAAAUUAAUAUCACUUCAAUUAUCUAUCAAAAUAUGAUCACCUUACCAUUUGAAACUGAUGUUUCAGCGAUAUCACUGUAUGCUGCUCUCUGAUUGAGAAGAUUACUGCAACAUUGUAUUCACGUGUAAAAAAAAGAAAAAUUUAAUUCACCGAGAUAUUAUAACAACAUUUUAAUAUUAAUAACUAACUUUAAAUACUAACUUUAAUGCUAUGUGGGAAGAAUGAAAAAAGUACUCAACUCAGCUUCCAAAGAGUCUACCUUUGCAAAAUUUCUGUAUCUAUUACUGUCUAUUAUAUCGUAUCGAACGUUACACGGCGUUACGAACAAACAAACACACACGCAUAUACACAUACACACAUGCUCGAUGUGUCACAGUGUCCUAUAUAUAAAUAUAUAUAUAUAUAUAUAUAUAUAUAUUCAAAUGUAAUAAAUAUAUU